CCUUGAAACUUGGACAUGACGAUGAUCUGCACCACUGGUUCUCAGGAGUGGGAGGAAGAGGCUGUCUGUGUCAUUAUGUGUGCGUCGGUCAAGUACAAUAUCCGGGGUCCUGCCCUCAUCCCAAGAAUGAAGACCAAGCACCGAAUCUACUACAUCACCCUCUUCUCCAUCGUCCUGCUGGGCCUCAUUGCCACCGGCAUGUUUCAGUUCUGGCCCCAUUCCAUCGAGUCCUCCAGUGACUGGAACGUAGAGAAGCGCAGUGUCCGCGACGUGCCUGUGGUCAGGCUGCCGGCCGAUAGUCCCAGCCCCGAGCGCGGCGAUCUCAGCUGCAGAAUGCACACGUGUUUUGAUGUCUACCGCUGUGGCUUCAACCCAAAGAACAAAAUCAAGGUGUAUAUCUACUCUCUGAAAAAGUAUGUGGACGACGCUGGUGUCCCUGUCAGCAACACCAUCUCCCGGGAGUAUAACGAACUGCUCACGGCCAUCUCAGACAGCGACUACUAUACUGAUGACAUCACCCGGGCCUGCCUGUUUGUCCCAUCCAUCGACGUCCUUAACCAGAACACGCUCCGCAUUAAGGAGACAGCACAGGCACUGGGCCAGCUCUCUAGGUGGGAUCGAGGUACAAACCACCUGCUGUUCAACAUGUUGCCUGGAGGUCCCCCAGAUUAUAACACGGCUCUGGAUGUCCCCAGAGACAGGGCUCUGUUGGCUGGUGGUGGCUUUUCUACGUGGACUUACCGGCAAGGCUAUGAUGUCAGCAUUCCUGUCUACAGUCCACUGUCAGCGGAGGUGGACCUUCCGGAGAAGGGACCAGGUCCCCGGCGGUACUUCCUCCUGUCCUCUCAGAUGGCUAUCCACCCCGAGUACAGAGAAGACCUGGACGCCCUGCAGGCCAGACACGGGGAGUCGGUGUUAGUGCUGGAUAAAUGCACCAACCUCUCAGAGGGUGUCCUGUGGGUGCGUAAGCGCUGCCGCGAGCACCAGGUCUAUGAUUACCCCCAGGUGCUGCAGGAGGCCACGUUCUGUGUGGUCCUUCGUGGUGCUCGGCUGGGCCAGGCGGUACUGAGUGACGUUUUACGCGCCAGCUGUGUCCCAGUUGUCAUUGCAGACUCCUAUAUUUUGCCUUUCUCUGAAGUUCUGGACUGGAAGAGAGCAUCUGUGGUUGUCCCGGAAGAAAAGAUAUCUGAUGUGUACGGUAUUUUGCAGAGCAUCCCCCAAAGGCAGAUUGAAGAAAUGCAGCGGCAGAAAUGGAGCAGCGUGAGCAACCCACUCUUCCUCCCGCUGAUCCCACCACAGUCACAAGGUUUCACCGCCAUCGUCCUCACCUACGACCGAGUGGAGAGCCUCUUCCGGGUCAUCACUGAGGUGUCCAAGGUGCCCAGUCUAUCCAAGCUGCUAGUUGUCUGGAAUAAUCAGAAUAAAAAUCCUCCAGAAGAUUCUCUCUGGCCCAAGAUCCGGGUUCCAUUAAAAGUUGUGAGGACUGCUGAAAACAAGCUGAGUAACCGUUUCUUCCCGUAUGACGAAAUCGAGACGGAGGCUGUCCUGGCUAUCGAUGACGAUAUCAUCAUGCUGACCUCUGACGAGCUGCAGUUUGGUUAUGAGGUAAGGAGGUUUCAGACGUGUCUUCCAACCCACCUGGCCACCAUGCUUUCCCGAGCUGGAGGCGCGGUAGUGAGAGCCGAGAAUCAAGGCCCUCUCCCCCCGCGCCCCGGGAGUCGUGAGGGCAGCACCUUUGCGUCGAGCCCCCCGGCCGCCUGGCCUUGUUCCCAGCGGGGCCCGGAGGUUCUCAGUGCCGAGGAGGCUGCCCGUCGUCGGCCCUACUCGUGUGUUCCGAGGUAUAAGUCCUUCCACGCCAGGACACUGCUCAGCAGCCCUGUGUUCACCGAGAUCCAGAGUCUGCAGGUGCAAGGGAGCUGGAACAAGCCCCUUCGGGGACGGUCCACUCUCCUAGACGCCAGCAUUGCUGGAUGA